CGACAGCCGAGCCGUGCAAACAGUCAUCCUGGUUAUGUGUUUGUCGACCGACUAUUCUUCCGGUAUAUCCUUAGUCAAAGCCUCCUCCUCCUCUCCUCCUCGACAAGAAAGUGUCUCUCCCUUCACGGUCUGGGAAGGGAGUGAAGUCUGAAAUCAUCCUCGAACCCAUAUUGCACUCUGCCCCCUCCUCCCUCCUGCGUACCCUGCAGCCUCCGCUGUCAACAUGCCUUCCGGAUCUGUUGAAGCCGGCGUCAAGAGAAAGCGCUCGAGAGCGCAAUCUCUCCCCCCACCCGAACUUCCUCGACUCGUCGCCGAACAGCACGUCCCCAUCGCCGCGACCGACAAAGACACGAAGAGACUGAUCGUGGUGCUGUCAAAUGCCUCCCUCGAGACGUACCGAGCUGCACAUAGCGGCAAACCAGGAGGAAAAGAAGAGAAGUAUUCGCUCUUGAACAGCGAUGAGCAUAUUGGUGUCAUGAGAAAGAUGGGACGAGAUAUCAGUGAUGCCAGACCCGACAUCACACACCAGUGCCUGCUUACUCUGCUCGACUCUCCCAUCAACAAGGCGGGUAAACUACAGAUUUACAUUCACACAGCCAAGGGCGUUUUGAUCGAAGUCAGCCCUACUGUCCGGAUUCCCAGAACCUUCAAGCGCUUUGCAGGUCUCAUGGUCCAGCUGCUGCACAGACUCUCGAUCCGGUCGGUGAAUUCGCAGGAGAAACUCCUCAAAGUCAUCAAGAACCCCAUCACGGAUCAUCUGCCACCAAACUGUCGGAAGGUCACUCUGAGUUUCGACGCCGAAGUCGUCCGAGUCCGCGACUACGUCGAUACCCUGGCCUCCAACGAGAGCAUAUGCGUGUUUGUCGGGGCCAUGGCCAAGGGCAAGGACGACUUUGCCGAUGCCUUCAAGGACGAAUCCAUCAGUAUCAGCAACUACAGCCUCAGCGCCAGUAUUGCUUGCAGCAAGUUCUGCCACGCUUGCGAGGACGCUUGGAAAAUCAUCUAAGUGCAAGCGGGGGCUUUUUUUCAAUCAAAGGUAAUGCCUCUGAGCAGACUGAUGUUUCCUCUCCCAGGUCGCGAUAUUUUCUGACUCCAGCCGUGGGCCAUUCCGGCGAACUGGCUCGAUCACAACAUCGAUGCCGGGUCGCAUGAGUGGCCCCUCGAUACGGUUUGUGAUGCAUUGGGGGAGUGUUGGAUCUGGCGUUUGUUUUCACAACAAGACAUAACAUGGUUCAACAACACCUCAAGGCGAGAUUUCUUUUCUCCGUCUGAGAUACCCGUAGGUGCACGUCAACCUGCCCUACACUGCUAUCCACAGGCUAUCAGAACAAUGAUUGAUGCACAAAAGUUUGGAGGGGAGACGCCAGUCUCGGCAAAUACUGUUUGAUAAUGAUCCGGGCAUCUCUAGGUGUCCGUUGGGUAGCCAGAAGCGGAUGUUGAAGACACCGCUUCCCCAGCGCCGUCAGCUGGGCGAGGAAAUGGUUGAAUAUAACCACAUCCUCACGUCUACCUAGGUGCAUAUACCACCAUCUUCCACAAGUCCAUGCUCCUGCACUCUACCUUGCCGUAAUGUUCUUGUAUGAAAGAUUCCUUUGGGUGCGG